UUAAAGGGGCCGCGGCGCGCGCUUGGCCCGGGCGCUGCCCGCCAGUCGGCGGCCGCAUGAGCCGUGUGCGGGGGGCGCUGUGUCGGGCCUGCCUCGCGCUGGCCGCGGCCCUGGCCGCUCUGCUCCUACUGCCGCUACCGCUGCCCCGCGCGCCCGCCCCCGCCCCGGCCUCGGCCCCGACCCCGGGCCCCCGCCCGCGCGCGCCACCCGCCCGCGCCCCCGUCCCCCGCCUGCGGCCUGAGGACGUCUUCAUCGCCGUGAAGACCACCCGGAAGAACCACGGGCCGCGCCUGGGGCUGCUGCUGCGCACCUGGAUCUCCCGGGCCCGCCGACAGACCUUCAUCUUCACGGAUGGAGACGACCCUGACCUGCAGCGCCAGGGAGGCAGCCACGUCAUCAACACCAACUGCUCAGCCGUGCACACCCGCCAGGCGCUGUGCUGCAAGAUGUCGGUGGAGUACGACAAGUUCAUCGAGUCCGGGCGCAAGUGGUUCUGCCACGUGGACGACGACAACUACGUGAACGCCGAGGGCCUGCUGCAGCUGCUGUCCGCCUUCUCCCCCAGCCAGGACGUGUACCUGGGGCGGCCCAGCCUGGACCACCCCAUCGAGGCUGCCGAGCGGGUCCAGGGAGGUGGCACUGUGACCACUGUCAAGUUCUGGUUUGCCACCGGGGGGGCCGGGUUCUGCCUCAGCAGGGGCCUCGCCCUGAAGAUGAGCCCGUGGGCCAGCCUGGGCAGCUUCAUGAGCACGGCGGAGCGGCUGAGGCUGCCGGACGACUGCACAGUGGGCUACAUCGCGGAGGGGAUGCUGGGGGCGCGCCUGCGGCGCAGCUCGCUCUUCCACUCCCACCUGGAGAACCUGCGCCGGCUGCCACCCGACACCGUGCUCCAGCAGGUGACCUUGAGCUACGGGGGUCCCGAGAACCCACGGAACGUGGUGAACGUGGCUGGAGCCUUCAGUCUGCAGCAGGACCCCACCCGGUUCAAGUCCGUCCACUGCCUCCUCUACCCGGACACGGACUGGUGUCCUGUGCAGAAGCGGGGUGACCUUGCCUCUCAGUGACCCUCAACCCCUGACCUCGGGGUUGGCUUUUGGGCAGUGCCUGCUCCUUCCUGGCCUCAGUCGACUCCCCUAGGCGCUCCCGGCCACAGCCGCAGCCAUAUCCAGGAAGACGUGCGCAGCCCACAGACAAGGCCCCUGCAGGGCCAGUGACCAGGCACCCUGGGGAGCAGGGCCGGCUGCCUGCCCUGCCCGUCUGCCCUGCCCGCGAGUCAGAUGCUCGUGGGCAGGCUGCUGCUCCGCCCCACCCAGCCCCGCCCCAAGGCUCGCCCCACCCCCACCCAGGUCUGGGGCUGGGAGGGUCUGGGGUCCAGUGCCCAGGAAGGAGUCUCCCUGCGGGGGAGGGAGCCCCGGGCAGGCCCAGCCCUGAGGAGUGGGCUCCAGACUGGGUCCCACAUGGAGUUCUUUUCAGAGGCCUUAACUCUCCAGGGAGCCCCGGCCCCCCGUCAGCUGGGCCCCCUCCGGCAUUCCCACGUAGAGGCCGCCUUGCUGGGGGUGCUCCCCUCGGGCUCCUCGGCCAGACCCCGCACCAGGGGCCUCGACGUCGCUCCUGGGCUCGGACCCGGGGUCCGUGCUGGCCCUCCGCCCCGGCUCCAGCUCCACGAGACGGGGGGCCUCCCGUGCGGCCCUGCGGCGGCCCAGCCCCCGGCCUGCGCGGACCCGACCCACCUGCCGGUGCCUUUCCAGGAGGGGAGAGCGGUGCCGGCCCGCGGCCCCUCCCCGGCCUCUCCUGUGCUGUUGCAAUAAGCGAAUAAAAGUGCGAUUGUUA